AUGGAUCCAACGGGCAUGCAGCUGGUGUCUGCGGGGCCGUACCGGGCAGGCACGGACUUCGAGAAAUGGCUGCGAGCGUUGGAGCGCUACAUGGUCGCCAUGGACAUCCAAGGGCCUACCAGACGGUGCGCCGUGCUGCUACACCUGGUGGGGCCUGACAUAGCCGAUGUCAGCGACUCCCUGCCGGAAGAGGAGGCAGAAGGACCGGAGGAAGACGAGUUCACCCGGCUAAAAAGGAAGUUGGUACGGUACCUGGUGCCAAGGAAUAACGUCGUGGCUGAACGAGGGAAAUUCCAAGGAAUGACAAUGGAGCCGGAGGAAAGCCUGGAGGAGUUCCUGGCCAGGCUACGGACCCAAAUCCUGCGCUGCGGCUACGAGCCGGCGCAGGUGAACCGGGAGCUGCGAGACCGCUGCGUCCUGGGCAGCCGAGGCGAGCUGCAGCGGAAGCUGGUGAGGGAAGCGGCACUGAAGGGCGACGAACUCAACCUGGAGGAUGUCCGGCGGACGGCACGCGCCCACCGGGACGUCAUGGACCUGACGACUCGGUUGUCAGGGGCGCCGGUACCGGCUGCGACGGACGGGGAGGCAGUCCAGGUGGUGAGACGCCAGCGGCGGGCGGAGACGGCCAGGCCGGCCGAGCGCCCGGGACCGGGCUCGUGCUUCGGCUGCGGAGGCCGGGGACACUGGCGGCGGGACUGUCCGACGGCCAGGGCGGACUCGGCGCCGGAGAGGGCGCGCCCUCCGGUGGCAGGAGCGGUGCAGCAGCGCGGAGUGUCUCGCCCGCCCGGCCCGGCAGACGGCGGUCGGCGAGACAGCAGACGCGGCGGACCGCUCGAGAAGAGGAGGUGCUUCAAAUGUGGCAGAACUGGACACCUGAAGCGGGACUGUCCAGGAAUCGGACAGGUGGCGUCCGUGGAGGAGGAUGUCGUGAUGACGGUGGCGCAGCUGACGAGCCAGGACCGGCUGCCACUGGUAACUCUGUCUGUCAACGGCCGGGAGACUGAGAUGCUGGUUGACACCGGGUCACCAGUGUCGAUCGUGGCGGACGGCAGCAUCCCGGGACUGAAGCUGAGACCGUCCAAGAUGCAGCUACGCUCGUUCACGGGUCAGCCGGUGCCGGUCCGCGGCGAGGCGACCGUGCAGGCGGAGUAUGGCGGCCAGCGGAAGCGGCUGAACGUGGUUGUCAGCGGUCAGCUCCGACACCACCCGCUGCUGGGGCGCGACUGGCUGCGUGAAAUACGUCUGGACUGGCGGUCGCUGCUGCAGGUCAGCGAGGCCAGCAAAGUGAGCGGCGGGCGGACGCUGAGCUCAGUGACGGCGGCGCACGCAGCAGUGUUUGCAGGGGGCCUCGGCACGAUGGAGCAGCGCGCGCACCUGACCCUAAAGCCGGACGCGGUGCCGCGGCGGCUACCACCGCGACCAGUACCGUACGCGCUGCUGCCGCAAGUGGAGGCCGAGCUGGACCGAUGGGUCAGAGACGGGAUAGCAAGAAAGGUCGACCCGUCCGAAACCAGUACAGGCUGGGGCACGCCACUGGUUCCGGUGCCGAAGCCGGGAGGCGGGGUGAGGCUCUGUGCGAGCUACAACCUCACAGUGAACCCGCAGCUGAUCGUCAAGCACCACCCGCUGCCGAAGCCGGAAGAUGUGUUCGCAGGGGUGAGUGGCAAGCUGUUCUGCAAGCUGGACCUAAAGCAUGCGUACCAGCAGAUGCCGCUCGAUGAGGAGUCUCGAGCAAUGACGACCGUCAGCACUCACAAGGGCGAAUUCGUCAUGAAGAGACUGCCGUUCGGGGUCGCCAGUUCCGGUGCCCUCUUCCAGGAGGCCAUGGACCGGGUCCUGGAAGGACAGGAGGGAUGCCGGUGUUACCUGGAUGACCUAUUGGUGUUCGGAGCGGACGAGCAACAGCUGCUGCAGCGGCUGGACGAGAUCCUCGGAAGACUGGAGCGGCAGGGCCUGCGGCUGGCGGCGCAGAAAUGCCAGCUGGCGGUGCCAGAAGUCGAGUUCCUGGGGUGGAAGGUGACGGCUGAGGGCAUCGCACCGACUGACGGCGGUGUAGCAGCAGUGCUGCAGGCACCGGAGCCGACGGACGUCAGCCAACUGAGGUCGCUCCUGGGCUCCAUCACCUACUUCGGGCGUCUGCUGCCCGAUCUGUCGACAGUGCUGGCGCCGCUCUAUCAGCUGACCAAGAAGGGCGUGCCGUGGGCAUGGACAGAGCAGUGCGCCAAGGCGGUGGAGAAGGUGAAACGGAUGCUGACUAGCCCGCCGGUGUUGAUGCGGUAUGACCCGGACCUGCCGCUGAGGCUCGUGACAGAUGCCAGCAGUGUGGGUGUCGGCGCGGCGCUGGUUCACGUGACACCGGACGGGGCGGAGAGGCCGGUGAUGUAUGCGUCACGGACGCUGACGCCCACAGAAAGGAAGUACCCACAAGUCGAGCGCGAGGCAGCGGCGGUGUCAUUCGGGAUAACCCGCUUCCAUCGGUUCCUGUACGGGCGGCCUUUCACGCUCGUGGUGGAUAAUAGGGCUCUAUCCCGGAUCCUGAGCCCGGACAGAGACCUGCCGAGCCUGGCGGCUGCCCGCCUCCAGAGGUACGCGCUGCAGCUGGCGGCGUACAGCUACGCAGUGGAGCUGCGCCGGUCCGAGCACAUGCACAUGGCCGACAGUCUGUCGCGCCUGGCCAUGCCGUGCUCGGGUGUCGAGCGAGAGAAGAUCGACAGAGAAGGAGCCGACGUCAGCUUCCUGUGCUACAUGGACGGCGCGGCGCCGGUGCUGACGGCAGAGGCGCUUGCGUCAGCAACGCGGCGCGAUCCAGUGCUGGCCAGGGUGCUAACGUUCGUCCGGUGCGGUUGGCCGGCUGAGGUCGAGCCGGAGCUGGUGCCUUUCAAGCGGCGCCAGGACGAGCUGUCGACGGAUGGCGAGUGUCUCGUGUGGGGCGGCCGUGCUGUCAUCCCACAGCAGCUCCGGGCGCGGGUGCUGCGUGAGCUGCAUGAGGGGCACCUUGGCAGCUCAAAAAUGAAAAACUUGGCUCGGCGAUAUGUGUGGUGGCCGGGGCUGGAUGCAGAGCUCGAGGGCGCGGCACGCGAUUGCGCAGAGUGCAUGGACAAGCGAGGAGCGCCGCCCCACAGUGAUCGGCACCCGUGGGAGCCGGCCGGAGGCCCGUGGGAGCGUAUCCACAUAGACUAUGCGGGCCCCUUCCAGGGCUUGAACUUUCUGGUGGUGUGCGACAGCUAUACCAAGUGGCUGGAGGUGAUCCCGAUGCGAGAGACGGGCACAGAGAGCACUGUGAGAGAGCUGCGGGCGAUGUUUGCGCGUUUCGGCAUCCCCCGCCAACUCGUGUCGGAUAAUGGUGCUCAGUUCACCUCUGCUCCGUUCGCUGCAUUCCUGAGCAACAAUGGAGUGCGGCACGUCAGGGUGGCACCAUAUCACCCAAGCAGCAACGGAGCGGCGGAGCGGGCGGUGCAAACGGCCAAGAACGGACUGAAGGCGGCCCUGCGGGAUGGUGGUUCUCUGUCACAGCGGCUGCAGAAGUUUCUGCUGGCCUACCGGGCGGCACCGCACUCGGGCACGGGACGAUCGCCAGCCGAAAUGAUGUUCGGCCGGAACGUGCGGACGCGGCUGGAUACGCUGCGGCCCGAUCCGAUGGACAGGUUUCGGGAUCAGCAGCAACGGCAACGGGAGGCGGCAGGCGGCCGGCACAGGGAGCUGAACAUCGGAGACACGGUAGUGUAG